CCGUCUGUGCCUGGGACGCUGUCAGAUAAACAGUGACAUCACCUCCAGAGAUGCUGCCUUUAGGGGCUCUUUGUAACUUCCGCUUUAGAUAGAAGCCCCGCCUUCAAUACGGUAGACUUUUCACUUUAGUGCUGAGCUAAUGUAGCCUGUUCCAACUUAGAAUAAUUGUUCACAUCGCAAAGACAAAGAACAGCCUUCAAAGAAAUUAAAUCAUUACAUUCUGCACAUUCAAAAUAAACCAUAGAAGAUGGACGGAUUAUUUUAUGAUGUGUCAGUUUAAUUUAACGUGAGAUUUCACACCAGUCAGCGGUGAUGGAGUCAAAUCAAUAUUCCGCUGUUUCAGACAGUAGAAAUAAAACAAGCAGCAGUAUAAGGAUUUAGAGAAUGCUAUUUCCGACGGCACUUGAACGCAGCGGCAUUUGGCUGUGAGCAGAGCCGAUCCGGGCCUGGCCCAGCUGCACAUCACACACUAAUGAGACCAAGACAAACACACUGGCUCUGUCGGCCUGUGAUACUUCAGGGCUGGACGCUCGGUUAUGGUCAUUUCUGCUGAUGUGUGAAGAAGCCGGCGCGUUUGCGGGAUUUUCACUUUAAGUAAAUUGUCUCAAAGGGUUACACGCGUGGGCACGCAGCGCCGCUGUUGUUUGUUGUCACUUCCGGACAAGCCGUCGGUGAAUUAGCAGAUCUCAUCGGCCGGUGCAGAAGAAGCUCAUCAACAUCGAUGCUUCGUGCCGGCAGGAUGGAGGAGUUCAUCACGGAGGAAGAGGAGCCGUGGUACGACCAGCGGGACCUGGAGCAAGACCUGCACUUGGCAGCGGAGCUUGGCAAGACUCUCCUGGAACGCAACAAGGAGCUGGAGGACUCCCUACAACAGAUGUACAUCAACAAUGAGGAGCAAGUGCAAGAGAUAGAGUACCUGUCCAAGCAGUUGGAAAUGUUGAGGGAGAUGAACGAACAGCAUGCAAAGGUGUACGAACAGCUGGAUGUGACUGCCAGAGAGCUGGAGAUCACCAAUGAGAAACUGGUGCUGGAGAGCAAGGCGUCGCAGCAGAAAAUCGACAGGUUGACAGGCACCAUGGAGACCUUGCAGGGUCAGGUGGACAGUUUGACAGCUCGAGUCGAGGAGCUGCGAACUUUGGAGGAGUUGAGGGUCUGCAGAGAGAAGAGAGAACGGCGCAAGACCGUCCACUCCUUCCCCUGCCUCAAAGAGCUCUGCACUGCCCCAAGGUAUGAGGAUGGUUUCCUGUUGGCCAACCCGGGCAGCGUGGACCUGGCUGAGAGACAACCGGUGGAUGAAGAGAAUGAGCGUCUGAGGGAUAUUGUCUCAUCGCUGCGCUCAGCCAUGUCCACAGAGCGGUCCAUGCGGGAAAGUGCUGAGCGGGAGUGUGCCACUGUGCUGCAGGAGUUUGAGUGUCUGGAACAGCGUCUCUUAGGAGCAGAGGGCUGCCAGAUGCGGGUUCAGGAGCUUGAAGCUGAGCUCCAGGAGAUGCAGCAGCUGAGGAAGUCCAGGAUGUGUCUGAUUGGGGGCUUGGAAGACGGCCUAGAGACACUGCUCCACAACGGCCCAGAGACAGACACCCCAGUGGAGGGCACGGGGCCGGAGGAGGGAGGUGAUAGUGGUACUGUAGAGGCGGGGGUCCCAGUGAGGAAAAGCUGCAGCGACACAGCUCUAAAUGCCAUCUCGGCUCGUGAUGCAUCAGGUAGACGUCAGGGCAGUUACGCCCUCCAUGCUAAUGGUGUGCGCAAACGGGGCAUGUCCAUCCUGCGGGAGGUGGACGAGCAGUACCACACCCUGCUGGAGAAGUAUGAGGAGCUGCUAGGCAAGUGCCGGCGUCACGAGGAGAGCCUGUGCCACGCUGGGGUGCAGACCUCCCGGCCUGUCUCCAGGGACCCCUCCAUGAAGGAGUACAGCAUGACCGCCGCAGGGCCUUCAACAUCUGGAGCUGUAGCCACCCCUCCCACAACUCCCUCCACCCCUGAGGCCCUGGAGGGGAUCAGUCGGCAGGUGGAGCAGGUGGAUAAACGGCUCAGCCAGAACACACCCGAGUACAAGGCGCUGUUCAAAGAGAUCUUCUCCCGCUUGCAGAAGACUAAGAGUGACUUGAACUCCACCAAGAGUAGAAAGACUAACAAAUGAACUGGAGCUUCUUAUAACAGCCUCUGAUGCCACGUGCACACAGGACUUAAUUUGAAUGACUUGGAUGCCUGUAGCCCUUCAGCUGGGUGAUCCACACCGUUAGCAGUGGGUACAUCCAUUUGUUGUCUAGGAGGUAAGCUAGGCUGACUAACCCGGAGCUGCCAAACGUUAUCGUUCACUGCACAGAUGAGGGAACAUUGAUAUGGUAACUGUGUUGAUGAAAUAACUGACCAGUAACAAGAAAAGGUUUUGUUUCUGUCUUAGGACAAUCUGUGUAGUAUUUGUAACUGUGCUGAGGCAGAAAUGCUUGAACUAUUUUUCUAUUUAUGCAAAACACUAAUUAAGCCAGAUAACUGAAAUAGAACUAAAGAAACUUCAAUUAGCUUGGAAACUACUUACGACAAAUGAACAAUGUACAUGUACUGUAACCGUCUACUCAAAUCAUUAACUGCUUAACAUUAACUGCCACUCAGAGCGAUAUCUGGACUGAAUUUUGCAUUUACUGAGCUACAAAUCCUUCCAGUCAGCUGCCAAAGUGUACUGUUUUUAAGUGUUUCAUGGAGUUUUUCUGUACUUGAAUGGAGGGGAGAGCGUUGCCUCC